UUAAAAAGGAACUGCCGAAGGAGUGAUCUUUCUAAGGCCCAAGUGCGUCCAGGCAGGUUUGAUGGCGACCUGAAACAAAGAGGCUGCAGAGCGGACGUGGACCAGUGGAGCUGAUGAACCCCAGGCUCUGAGCCAGGUUAAAUGAAGCAGAGGCGAGGGGCAGGUCAGGAGCCCGGGCGGCUCAUGGGCUGCAGGGUGAGUGUGGCUUGCCUGGGGACUGAGCUGUGCACCCUUCCCCUGGGUCAUCAGUGCCUGACACGGGACAAGGCAGAGAUAAUGAUUCAGGCCGACAAGGUUUCAUCUCGAGUUUUGGCCAGUGGACUAACUGAGCCAGAAGGGGUAGCUUCAAAUUCUCAUACAUUCAAGAGUAAGAACUUUAAGAAACCCAAAACUUGUAACAUCUGCAAACAAGGCAUUGACCCGCAAGGCCUUUCGUGCAGAGUUUGCAAAUAUGCUUGCCACAAGAAAUGUGAAGCAAAGGUUGUGACACCCUGCUUCCUGCCAGUCAACUACCCACUACUGGAUCACUCUGAUUCAUUUGUGAACCAUGUAACAAGAACGACUUCCAGUAGCUUUUUGAAAAAUUCAUCUUUCUGUUGCGACAAACGAUCUGAAAGUGCAGACUUCGAUCACAUUAUGGAGGAAGGUUAUGAACUGGACCUGACUUACAUCACUGAGCGAAUCAUUGCUGUAUCAUUCCCAGCCAGCUGUUCAGAGGAAACCUACUUGCACAAUCUUCAGGAUGUAACUCGAAUGCUGAAAUCCAAGCACGGUGACAACUACUUGGUGUUGAACCUCUCUGAGAAAAGAUAUGACCUCACCAAGCUUAACCCAAAGAUUAUGGAUGUGGGCUGGCCUGACCUUCAUGCCCCACCACUUAAUAAGAUGUGCACCAUUUGUAAGGCUAUGGAGACCUGGUUGAAUAAUGACUCCCAGCAUGUGGUGGUGAUCCAUUGCCGAGGUGGCAAAGGAAGAAUAGGAGUAGUGAUAUCAUCAUAUAUGCACUUCACAAAUGUAUCUGCAAGUGCAGAUCAAGCCCUAGACAGAUUUGCCAUGAAGAAAUUCUUUGAUGAUAAGGUUUCUGCCUUAAUGCAACCAUCCCAGAAAAGGUAUGUGCAGUUUCUGAGUGGACUUCUCUCAGGAUCUAUAAAAAUGAACACAACACCUGUCUUCCUGCAUUAUGUUAUCCUACAUGGAAUCCCAAGCUUUGAUGCUGGUGGAGUUUGUCGACCCUUUCUGAAGUUGUACCAGGCCAUGCAGCCUGUCUAUACAUCAGGAGUAUAUGUUGGGCCAGAGAACCAAAGCAGAGUCUGCAUUGCAGUGGAACCAGCACAACUGCUGAAGGGAGAUAUUAUGUUGAAGUGCUACCAUAAAAAAUACCGAUCUGCCACUCGUGACAUCAUUUUUCGUCUGCAGUUCCACACAGGAGCUAUUCAGGGAUAUGGUCAAUUGUUUGGCAAAGAGGAAUUGGAUAAUGCAAACAAAGAUGACCGUUUUCCUGACUAUGGGAAGAUUGAACUAGUAUUUUCAGGAUCCCCAGAAAAAAUCCAAGGUUGUGACUACCUGCAGAAUGACCAUGGAGUAAUAGUGGACUACAACACAUCCGACCCAUUGAUUCGCUGGGAUUCCUAUGAAAACAUGAGUUCUGAUGGGGAAGUGUUGCAUACCCAGGGCCCCAUUGAUGGCAGCCUGUAUGCUAAAGUGAGAAAGAAAAGUGCCUCCGAUACCAGCAUUCCCAGUGGAGCCCAAGGAAUACCAACCAGUAGCCCUGAUCACAGCGACCAUACCCUGUCUGUUAGCAGUGACUCAGGACACUCUACAGCAUCUAUAAGGACAGACAAGACGGAAGAACAUCAUCCUCCUGGAGCAAAGAGAGCCUUGAGUCCCCAGGAGAAGGAAGAGUUGGACCAGUUGCUUAGUGGCUUUGGCCUUGAGAACCCAGUCAGCUCUCUCAAGGAUAUGACUGACGCCCAAAGCAAGUACAGUGGGACUCGCCACAUAGUACCAGCUCAGGUCCAUGUGAAUGGAGAUGCCAAGCCCAAGGACCGUGAAACUGAUAUUCUGGAUGAUGAGAUACCCAGCCAUGACCUGCACAGUGUGGACAGCAUUGGGACGCUAUCUUCCUCUGAAGGGCAGCAUUCCAACCACCUUGGCAACUUCAGCUGCCAUAAGAGCAGUCAGAAUUCUCUUCUGUCUGAUGGCUUCGGGAGCAACACUGGGGAGGAGCACCAUAUCACUCUGGCCCCAGAUCUGGGAAUUGGCGUAGACCCCAUCUAUGAGACACCCUUUGGCAGCACUGAGCCAAAGCAGUCCCAGCAGCUGUCAAGGAACCCUUCGGUCUCUACCCAGCCACAGGCCUACAGCCCCAGUAACUAUUCCACACAGACAUGGGUGCGCCAGCAGCAAAUGGUCAUUGCUCACCAGUACGUCUACUCCCCAGAGAAUGAAGUGAGGCUUGGGGUUCAUGGUACAGUGGAGAACCCAUGCAGCAUCCAAAGCCAAAGCCAAGUUCCAGAUACCCCUGCCCGGGGACCCAGCAGCAGAGAUGCUGUUCAGAGGGGACUUGGGAGUAUGCCCCCUUCCAGCUGUGUGGCAGAAGCGCCUGGGCAUGAGGCUUUUAAAUCAAGUUUAGUCUCUGAGAAGGGCACAAAUGAUCUUGACCUGAGACUGAAUCCGGGAAACCAUGCAGGGGGCUUGCCAUCCUCCCCCACUCUGGAUAUUGAUCAGUCGAUUGAGCAGCUGAAUAGGCUAAUUCUGGAACUGGACCCCACAUUUGAGCCUAUUCCCACACGUAUCAAUGCCAUCAGCAGAGAUACAAGUCAGCUGAAUGGCUUUGCCAGUCCUGAAAUAGACGUGGGUGGACUUGGGAAGAGCCCCGGAUUCCAUGGGAAAGCAGAAGCCACUGACAGGAAUCUGCCCCAGCAGGGUUCCCAAGAGGAUGGCCUUUUGGGUGGACGAAGCAGGAAGUUAAGCCUUGGACAGUAUGACAAUGAUGUCCUAGCACAGCCACUGUACACCAAAUGUGGGCGGACAAAAUCUGUUGCCACUGACCACCUUGAAAGUCCAGGAUCAUUUGUCCCUGGAAGGGAGACUAAAGAGAUGGGCACUGUACACUACCAGGAGGACCUGGAUGAUGUAGAUGGCCCUGUCUUCUCACCAAGCAAGAUUGGAAAUGAAUCAGUCCCAGCCACGCCAGCAUUUCCAGUUUCACCAGAGACUCCUUAUGUGAAAACCCCCCCGCAUUACCAGCAACUGAGUCCACCUGGUCAUCAGAGCAGUGUCCCCUCUGAGAUAUACAGAACUGCCCUUGAGACGCGGAGUUACAUGGAAGGCCUCAACCACCCCAUCAUGAUGUCUGACAGUUCCACAGGCCCAAAUCCUCCUCUGUUGCGGACUGAUGUGCAAACAAGUCCUUCUUGUCAGCGGCCUUUUGUGGCUACAUGCACAUUUGCCAAUAAUAGCCCUGUCCUGAGAGGAGAGAGUCCAACUGUGAGCGAGCCCAUCUGGCAACAAAACAAUUCUAAAUCCUCCUUGAUGCCCCAGUUCUUGGGAAUGAGCAACAGCAAGCCUGCAGGAAGUUACCUCACAUCACCAGAGUUUGCAGGACCAGUGCAAGAUGGCUCAAACAUGCCUCAUUUCCAGACCAAGGGACUCCAGGUUGAGUCAUUGAAUGGUGAGGAGAAUUCAUCCCCUGGGCGGCAGCAGGACCCUAGUGCCAGUACUGAAGUCCGAGCCUUCCUCAGCUAUGGCAGGGCCAGUGCCAACAGCAGUCCAUCACUGGGGGAGAAACAACCUGCCUUUGUGGCAAAUACUAAUGGGUCUUCUAAAACAAUGACAUCUCCAAUGGACAGUGGCUUUUUGACUCACAAUCUCCUUGCAUCACCAUCUGGACUCAACAGCCAGAACAGUCCAAAUCAACAGAACUCUGGAAUGAACAUGCACCCUCAGCCCCCUCUUCCAGAGAAGAAGAGGACGUCAGAAGGGGAGCGUUCUUUUGGCUCCAUCUCUCCGUCUUCAAGUGGCUUCUCUAGCCCACAUAGUGGAAGCACAAUCAGCAUCCCCUUUCCAAAUAUUCUUCCAGAUUUCUCUAAAGUUUUAAACACUUCACCAUUGCCAGAAAAUGCAAGUGAGAAACAUGUGACUGUAAAGUUUGUCCAAGACACCUCCAAAUUCUGGUACAAACCUGAGAUUUCAAGAGAGCAAGCCAUUGCAGUCCUGAAGGAUAAGGAACCAGGAUCAUUCGUUGUCCGUGAUAGUCACUCUUUCCGAGGAGCCUACGGCCUGGCCAUGAAAGUUGCUGUGCCUCCUCCUUCAGUAUUGCAGCUAAACAAAAAGGUUGGAGAUCUGUCCAAUGAACUGGUCAGGCAUUUCCUGAUAGAGUGCACUCAUAAGGGAGUGAGGUUGAAAGGUUGCCCCAAUGAGCCGUAUUUUGGGAGUUUGACAGCUUUGGUGUAUCAGCAUUCCAUUACUCCUCUGGCAUUGCCCUGCAAACUACUCAUCCCAGAUCGAGACCCGCUGGAAGAGAUUUGUGAAACCUCCCCACAGACUGCUGCAAAUUCAGCUGCAGAACUUUUGAAGCAAGGGGCAGCCUGCAAUGUUUGGUACCUGAAUUCUGUUGAGAUGGAGUCACUCACGGGCUACCAGGCUGUUCAAAAGGCCCUGACUUUAACGCUGGCUCAAGAGUCCCCUCCCAUCUCUACUGUGGUUCAUUUCAAAGUGUCUGCGCAGGGCAUCACGUUGACGGACAAUCAGAGAAAGCUCUUUUUUAGAAGACACUACCCAGUCAACACUGUGAUUUUCUGUGCUUUGGAUCCACAGGACAGGAAAUGGACAAAAGAUGGCCCUUCAGCAAAGGUGUUUGGGUUUGUUGCAAGGAAACAAGGUAGUGCCACAGACAACGUGUGCCACCUCUUUGCAGAACACGAUCCUGAGCAGCCUGCUAGUGCCAUUGUAAACUUUGUUUCAAAGGUCAUGAUAGGCUCCCAAAAGAAGAACUGAAAGCCUCUGAGUGUGAACUUGCAGGAAGGCGGUGAUGAUCUUGAGAUAGCAGUUGCGUGGCCGGCAUCUGCCUGUUCCCCAGGAGGACUUCCCAUCUGCGCAGCAAUCCAAGGCCUGCCACCCAUGCUUCAAUAAAGUCAGCUGACUGUGUGAAAAGUGUUGACAUCCACCUGCAGCUUUAAGCAAAGGGAAUUGGAAGCCAGCAAGAUCCUGAAUACUUCUUUCUGAACUAAUCUUGGAAGACAAAAUUUGGCAGGGGAAUUAAAUGAAAAUGUGUUCUUUGUGCAGUUUUUAGCUGUCUUGUGGGGAAAAGGAGAGGUGGGAAGGAGGGCAUUCAUUCCAGCUUUAUGUGUUGCCCUUGCUAUAAAUUCACAUAUGCUCUGAGAAUAGGCCAACACAUGAGAGUGUUAUCAGAUUUCCAUGGAAGUGGAGGAGAUUUGAAGGGAGUUCAUCAGCAGGUAGAAGGAGAGUAAGCAAAUUUUUCUGUUACCCAUAAUUCUCCCUUGCAAACACCCCCUUGAGUCUGCUCUUCAAGUUUUUCCUCCACCUGGUUUCUGACAUCAAAAGCCAAGUUCAAGAGGGGGAAAAACUUCUUAGUGCAUUUGUAAAGAUAAAUGGUGGUCAUCUGAAAGGGUUAUGUUAAGCAGUCUUCUCUCCUCUUCUGUGCAAGCAUGCCCUGCUUGACAUUUGCUAUAGUUGCAUUGAUGGUAGCCAUGGCCCAAGCAAAUCGGCUAUGACCUUUUGUUCUUCCCUUUGUUUUUAUGAAGCAAUGAUGGAAAUCAAACUCAAAAUGGAAAUAUGUAUGUUUAGAAGAGAGUGGUGCAGGUUUUUUAUGGAAAGUGCAGAGAGAGAGAAAGGUUUCUAGAGGUUGCCUAGCGCAUGUAGUCUAAAGGAGAAUGUGUAUCUUUUAACUUGUUGGAAGGGAAGUGGGGCAGAAGCUAGUUAAAAGGAAAAAUGUGAGGCGGUGAACAUUUGGAAUGUUAUUUUUAUGUUGCUUUUUAAAUGAAGAAUUUAAGCAGGGAAGGUGCUUUUUAAUGAUUGCAGGGUAAAAAUGAGGGGGAAAGCACAUGAGAAAGGUUUGUAUAAAUUAUAAUAUAUUAUUUGCUUAUGUCAGAUUAUUUAUAGUGUAAAACAAGUCUCAGUCUGUUGCAGAAAAGUCUGAUUUGGGACAUAUUGUUGAGUUUACUUAGAGGGCAUCUUUCAUGCAGGUUCCACUCAUUUCAACAGAGCUUGCAAAAGAGCUGUAGAAAUCCCAGAAUGAAUGAGGCUGUGCUGCAAUGCCUCCCACAUACAGUUUUCCAUUCGUUCAUAACAGUGUUAGGCAACUUGGUGCCCUGCAGCUGCUUUGGACUACAGUCCUUCAGCAUUGGCUAUGCUGGGUGGGUCUGAGGGGAUGGCAGUCCGAAACAUGGAGGGUAGCUUCCUGCUGCUAUACAGGAUGGCUUGCGUGUGCCCUAAUGUUGGAGGUAGCAUUCCACAUUGUGGCUUUGAAAGUAGCCUAGCUUCCUUCCUCAGUAAGAAGACUUUAAUAUCAUUUUCUGUUUCUUAAAGCAGCGACAUGACUAUAGCUUGAUUUUGAAAUCCAGUUUGUAUGGAUGGUUUUAAAACUGAUUUUUAUUUUUAAAAUCUGGAAUAAAUAAAUACAAAUCUUAAGGGGAAAAAGAGCUUAUGUUUUCGUGCACUUACCCAUAGUUUGCAAAUUCUCUUAUCCUGAUUGGAUACUCUCGACUCAUCAUGUGGCCAAGCAGUCCAGUGCAGGAUAAUGUAAUGUGGAUGUUUUUUAUGGUUGGCUUUUAUGGCAUACGUAUAACAGUAGCUAGCUUGUGAUAUUUCUGGGAGACCCUUUCACACCCAAAUUCAGCUGUGUUGGUUUUACACUACAUAAUAUAUGUGAAUACUUAGCCAUACAAGUGGUACCAAUCAUGUAGAUGCUUUUGCUGGGCUAGCACUCUCUGGAUCACACAUGGCUGCCCUGGUUGGGAUAAGUGAAAGCUGGAGGCCACUAGGCUGGGGAAGGCUAGUGGAGGUCUUUCCUACCAUAUUAAACACUGCAAGUCACUCAGUGCCUGUGGGAACAAGGGAAGAAGGCCUUGGGGUCAGAGGAAAAAGAUGAUUAGAAUAUUAUUGCAAAUGGGCUCAAACCUUUUAUCAGAAAUGUCCAAACUGCAUAAUUAAACAAAAAUGUCAAUAUAGCAAAAUGUCUGAUGAGGCCCAUGUAGUUUAUGUAUAUGUGGUUUUAUCAAGCAUUGGGUUGAUGCAAUACUUAUUUGUCUGCAUUGAAAGAGUGCCUCUCAAACUAUAUGUUCAGACUGGAUAAGAGAAAGUGCCAGGAAUUCACAAGAACUGCUUUCUCCAAGCAGUAGCCAUGUAAAGUCUGUGGCAACAGAAACAACAGAAUUAAUACAAAACUUUGAAGCUGCCACAAGAAAGAUUUGUUGUGUUGUUCCAGGGAGCAAGGGGUUGUCAGUGUGCUUGUAACCUUAAGACUGUAAUUACUUUCUUUGGUUUAGGGAGGUAGUGAGAAAAUGGCUAAAGGUUAUGAACAUAUUUUUGGACCAGAUGUAAUAGUAAUAAUGUUGAUCAUUUUUGUACAUAGCUUGAGCAUCAGUAGCAUAGCUACCAUUGAAGCAACCAGGGCAAGUGCCUCAUUGCACUGAAUCUUUCAUUCUUCUUAAUAUCUUAUUCCCCAAUUAUCUAAAGUCCUUGAUGGCUCCUGGGGAUCAGUUUAAAGGAGAGGAACAUAAUCUGUGAGAUUGCCAAUGCAUGGAACUGUUGGAUAAUCCCAGGUUUUCCCUGAUGAAUCUGGAUGUUCUUCCCCUGCCUGUCUUUAGCACCAUUUUAGUGGAAAGUUGAGAUAAAAAAUAAUUAAUUAGCAGCCAGGAGGAACCUGUCCUCUAUUCUGUAUAUUUUACCUCUUCUGCAAGAUUAAAAAAAAUGAAUUUUAUGGAGCAUCUCUUCACCUGUUGGGCAACAUGGUCAUUCACCUUCCUUUUGAGCAGUUCAUUUAGCUUUUGGGGAAACACCACAGGGGUAAGAGUUGGGAAACUUGCUGUUCAGUAGUCAAUAGAAAUAUGAACUUGGAGAAACUUCAGCUGGCAUCAUAUCAUGAGCUCCGUUUUUCUGUAUGAAAUGCCCCCGAAUCAAAUGAAGCACAGGACAUAAUGCUAGUUUCCUAUACACAAGUACACAUUCACAUUUCCUCUAUGGAAAUUAGAGGUCUUAGUGGUACAGAGAGCACUUCCCCACACACGAUUAUGUUAAUUGUUUGUGUUCAGUCUCAAGAAUAAUACCAGCAAGUUGCCACCUAUUUAGCCAAGCUCCCCCUAACCUCUUGUUCACUGUACUACUGUAAUCCCUGCAGUAUUAAAGCCGAGGCUCUAAGCUCACGCGUGCCUUUCCCGGGGCAUCGUUCCUGCGCAGCUCCUGCCAUUAAGUUCAGAGGAGCUGGUGCAGGAACAGCUCGUAAGCUGUGCCCUCUUGAUUGCACCAUGUUUGUUUUUAUAGUAAAAGAGUUCCUGUUCAUUCGACCAUCAGUUUAUUUUUAAUUUUUCUUAUCUGCCUUAUAUAUUAGUGAUUUUUUUUGCUUUUCGCUCAAAAUUUGUAUUAUAAAGUAUCCGGUAUGUAAAUGAACAUUCUAUAAAAUCUUUGUAUAGUCACUUUCUCUGCUCUUUGACAUAUCACCUCUAUUCACAUUCUAAUAAAGAUAUGAAUUUUAUAAAUCUA